AUGCCACCAAAAUCUCCCAACCAUGCAAUCGUCUACGGUGCAUCAGGCUUAAUCGGCUGGGCGCUAAUAAACCAGCUUCUAAGCCCAUAUCCUGCCGCUGGGACAUUUCAAAAGGUCACAGCUGUAACAAACAGACCCCUCGAUGCUUCGGGGACAUACUGGCCAGAGGCAGAUCUUAAUCGGCCCCAGCUGCAACUGGCUUCGGGUGUUGAUCUUCGCAGCUGGGAUAGGGUUAGACUGGUGAAGUGGUUGAGGGAGGUUGUUGAGAAUAGUGAGGGCGUGACUCAUGUCUAUUACUUGGCCUUCGCCGCCAUGGACGACGACUUGGAAGAAGUAGCGACAAAUCGACGUAUGCUGCAAAAUGUCAUUGAUGCGCAUAACUUGAUCAGUCCGAAAUUACAGUUCGUUGCUUUUGUCGGUGGAACCAGGGGAUACGGCAUCUAUUCCGCCGGCGGAACGUUCACUCCACCUCUGCGCGAAGAAUUGGUGAACAGCCUUCCAUCAGACUAUGCCAAGACAGUGGUCUAUCCAGCAUAUCGAGAGAUCCUCCGUACAUCCAGUAAAGGAAGGAAAUGGACCUGGUGCGAAGUUUGUCCGGACGCAAUUGUCGGGUUCACCCCAAAUGGAUCACAGUUCAGUUUGGCAUUGCACUGGGCACAGUAUCUAUCUCUAUAUGCCUAUAAUCACGGCAUUGGACCACAUAACCAAGGGAAAGAGGAAGCCACCAAGGCUUCUGUGGAGGUCCCCUUCCCCGGAUCCACGGCUGGUGCUACGUCAUUAUUCAGCCCCGUAUCUAGCAGUCGACUGGCGCGCUUCAUGAUUUUCGCGUCGUUACAUCCAGAGAUGUGCGGGGAUGGUCGGUUAUUCAAUGUCGCUGACCGGGCGACACCGUGUACAUACGGAUCGCUCUGGCCUCGGUUGGCGGAAUGGUUUGGUCUCGUGAGUGUGCCACCUAUUGAACCUGCUCCUGAGACGGAACAUAAUACGUUGAAAGUUGGGGAAGUCCCUGAGCGGGCUUCAAAUCUCGCACCUGGGGAGUAUAUAACUAAAUAUCGGGACAUCUUUACCAAAAAUGGGUGUCCGAGAGCCGUUACUGGCGGGGUCGGAGUGGGGUAUCGCCAGCUGGAUAGUGUCGGGUAUUGGUUGACUUUCGAUCGGCAGUUGAGUGUAGAAAGGCUUCGGGACACUGGCUUUGAGGGUGAUCAGGAUCCGGUUGAGGGCUGGUUGGAGAGUUUUGCGAUGUUUCGAAGAGCGGGGUUGAUAUUGUGA